AUGACUACACUCUCACCGGAAAUUCUUCGACACUUUGAAACAAUCAAUAGACUUCAGCUGGAUCUAGAGGCAAGUAUCACAAAAUUAACAAAUGUCACAGAGUUAUCAGAACAACAAGAAGCAUCUAGCUUGAUUCGUGGGGGUGUCAAAAGUUUGGGGAAACUUAUCGAGGAUAUGAAACAACUUGCAGAAGAACAGGAUCGCGAUAAAGACUGUCAAGCGAUUUUGCAGCGUUUACGAAGAAAUGAAGAUCAAUAUAAACAACUUCAAGCAUCUUUGCGUCGAGCGAUUUUAACCUCGAAACAAAACAUUGAAAGAGAGGCAAAACUACAAUUGUUUGCACUUGGCGAGGGGAGAAAAGGAGAAGCGUAUGAAAUGCGACGUAGAAACCUCGCAUCGGAUGAUUCAAUAUUACGUGCUACUGAAGAUGUAACAAAAACGUUACAACGCACAGUACAAUUAAUGCAACAAGAAAUCGAAAGAAGCGCUUAUUCUGCAAAAUCAUUAGAGGAUUCAUCGAGGACACUAAAAAGUACCUACAAUGAAUUCCGAGGAUUCUCCGCGGUUGUACGUGGUUCAAAGCAAUUAAUCACAAAAUUAGAACAAAGCGAUUGGACGGAUCGACUAUUAAUUCUGUUUGGAUUGUUUGUUUUUAUUCUGGUGGUUCUUUAUAUUUUAAAGAGACGCGUGUUAGAUGUGGGUAUUGGGUGGGUUACGUGGAUUACUUCGUGGAUUAUAUGA